AUGCUUGCCGCUCCACUGAACAUCCCAAAAUGGCUCCAAGAGAACUCCCAUCUCCUCAAACCACCGAUUAACAACUACUGCGUCUACGACAAAGAUGUCACAGUAAUGAGCCCCAAGAUCGUAGGUGGCCCCAACGCCCGCACCGACUACCACAUCAACGAAACCGCCGAAUGGUUCUACCAAUACCGCGGCGCCAUGAUGCUCAAAGUAGUCGACGACUCCACCUUCCGCGACAUCAUCAUCUCCGAAGGCGACAUGUUCCUCCUGCCCCCCAACACGCCGCACAACCCCGUGCGUUUCGCGAAUACCGUCGGCAUUGUUCUGGAACAGAAACGUCCGGAAGGGAGUCUGGAUCGCUUGAGGUGGUAUUGUGCGAGUUGUAAGAGCGUGGUUGAUGAGGCGGCUUUUCAUUGUACGGAUUUGGGGAUGCAGAUUAAGGAGGCGGUUAAUGCGUUCAAAGGGAGCGAGGAGAGGAGGAAGUGUCCGAAGUGUGGGGUGCUUGCUGAGAGUGCGCCGCCGGUGGGAAGUAUCGAGGAUCCGAAUUUGAAGAAGUGA